CCCGCGGCGCAAGUCAAGAGCGUCUUCGCUUCCUUCUUUGCCUUCCGCCCCAAGCCAGCUCCGACCGACCCACCACCACCACCACCACCACCUCCCUUCCCUUCAAAUACUCGACCCAAACCCGGAGCAAUCCUCUCCAUCUCCAACUCCGAUUCCGAUUCCGAAUCCGAAUCCGAAUCCAACCCUUCGAAAUUCAGCAGUUUCCGAUCAGGCCCGAAGACCCAAUUUGUCCGGGAGCAAGAGAGAUGGGAGGAGGGACGGAGGCUUUUCCCGAUCUGGGGAUGCAUUGCCAGAACCCGGAUUGCCACCUCCUCGAUUUCCUCCCCUUCACCUGCGAUGGCUGCCGCAAGGUGUUUUGCGCGGAGCACAGGUCGUACAGGUCCCACGAGUGCCCGGAAUCGGACCGCCGGAGCCGCCGCGUCGUCGUCUGCGAGGCCUGCUCGGCGUCGAUCGAGGCCACCGGGGAGGACGAGGGGGCGGUCCUGGAGCGGCACGCGGGCUCCGGGGGCUGCGACCCGGGGAGGAAGGAGAAGAAGCCCGGUUGCCCCGUCCGCCGGUGCAGGGAGGUGCUGACGUUCUCCAACGCCAGCACGUGCAAGGCGUGCGGGCUCAGGGUGUGCCUCAGGCACCGGUUCCCGGCCGACCACGCCUGCGGGGCGCGGGCGGCGGCGGCGGCGGCGGGGGGAGGGCGGUGGAACGAGAAGUUCAUGGCGGCGAUGGCCUCGAGGGGCGGGGGCGCGAAGGAGUGCGGGAAGAAGGAGCGGGGAUCAUCGUCGCCGCCGAGCACUCCGACCAUCAAAUCCUGCUGAUCGAAUUUUUCUAAAUUUUCUUCUUCUUUUUCUUCAAUUUUUUUUUUUUUUUGUAUUAAGCUUCGAGAUUUCAUGGUUCACAUCGAUCUGGGCUUUUCGGCCCGACAUCGACGGUCCUCUCGCCGGCCCUGUACAAAAUCUCUGUGUAUGUUCGUCCUCAUUCGAGGCCCGAGCCGAGCCCGGUGCGCUCCGGCAAUUCAUGUCGCGUCAUCGUACUCGUAUUAUUUCGUGUCGAUCAUUAUUCAUAUGAUAUUUGCAUAAUCAUAACUCAAAUUCGAAACGCACACAGAUGCGUGGAAUUCUCAAGAAAGAUUCUGCACGUCCGACAUCGAUUAAGACAAAA